GUUGUACUUCGUUUCAUGAGAUACCCCACUAGAUUUAGAUCUAGAUUCUUGGCCUAUGCGUUUACAACGGCCGCUUGGCCUAUUGCAAACUGUUCGUGGAAACGCUGACAGCGGGAACGGACCCGCGUUUGUGUUUUGAUCCUGUGGGCUUGCUCCUGUGUUUCUGGACUGCUGAUCCAGAUCUACUGAAGUUGGGACACUCUCGGUUGACGUCAGUACUGCCGUAGAAUCUACGUGAAUGUCACUGUGUGAAGUAAUACCUUGACCGUUAACACAAUUGCUGGAAUUGACGACAGUUGCCAUUCGAGCAAAAUUCUAAACACGGACCGGACAGUUAGCACAGAUGUAUUCUUCUCGAUAACUCGUUCCGAUCUCAAGACAAUUUGGCUCUUUUUCAUUCAGCACUGUUUUUGGAUAUUGCUUCAAGGAGAACCCGACGAAAGAGUCCUACCUGCUGGCUUAGUUCCCCCUCUGACAAAGGACAAAGACUUGGCUCUUUACAUACUCACACUGAAAGGUGUUGGCUUACUCACCCCACACGAACGUGACGCCAUCUUUGGACGUUUCAACCGCCCUCAACUUUCACCACUGUCAGCAGCUGUUCUUUUGUUUUUAUUUUGAAUUGUUUUUCCCCCACGGCUAGAGGAGAAGAGUUGUUUUUUUGUUGUGUGAUACACUUCUAUUCCCAGUGUGUGUGUGUAUUUUGUUUUGUUUUUCGUCCAAGAAGACACGUUGAGGUGUUUUAAGGUUGUUUGUUGUAUCCCUUACCCUCGUGCCCGUCCACCGAUAUUCCUCCUCCACACCGACUCGGAACUAGGUAGGAUCUUUUUUCUCCCGCCUCCUGUUCAACCCCCUGUCUCGUCAGCCCUGAUGGAGGACCACCACUAAGAUGCCGGGCCGAGUCUACAGCGGGGGAGGAAACUUUUACCGCCAGGGCAGCGCCAAGAUGACGCGCAACAUCGGCGGCGACAUGCCACAGCACCACCAGAACGGCCAGGGCCACGCCGGCGGCAACUUUCCGCACUCGGCUGCGCAGCGCAGCAAGCAGGAGGAGCGCGCCAUCCGCGAGGCGCACCGCAAGGAGGUCAAGCUAGACUCGUACCUUGCGGACGACGAGAACUUCCCCUCCUUCAAGAUACAGCUGGCCAAGAUGGCGCUGCAGCUCCGCGACAUUCCCGCCGACGGUGAGAAAUCUGCAGCGACUGGGUACCCACGCGGGGAAUGACGCCAUCGUGGCGUUUGCCAAGCUGCACGGCGUCAACGUAGUCAUCCAUCAGCUCAACGGGAAACCCCUGCUGAUCUCGGGUCCGCCCAACAACAGCGACCUGAUCCGCCAGCUCCACAUCGCCUACCACAAUGGCGACCACUACAGCAGCGUGAGACGGCUGGACGACAACACAGAGUCACCCGCACACAUACGUCUACAGGAUUCAGGACCAGAGUCGAAACAGAAGCAGGUCAGCGAGCAUUGUGGGGGCGUGGUGCGGGUGCACCGAGGGCUGGAGGACAUAGAGAACGAGGUGAUGCUGGCCACUCAGUGUUCGGACAUAGAGCGAGUACGCGAGGCUCUCCUGGACUGUGAGUAUGAUGUGGACGCGUCCAUCGCCGACCUCCUCCAGCAGAUGGAGCUCAGAGACACCGGAGGACCCCCAGACGACAACACAUCGCUGACCUCUAAGAGGACCUCCACGGACAGCGGCGUGUUCAACGGCAACGGCUCCACCACCACCAACAGCAACAGCAGCAGCCCCAACAGCAACAGUGGCCGCAUCGCAGGCAGCGCCCUCAAGACCAACGGCAACGGCUCGGUCAACGGGAAAGGUCACAAGGUGCACUUCCGAGAAGACAGCUACGGCGGAAGUUCGGGCUACGGCUCCCUCAACAGCAAUAAAGGGGGCGGGGCCAGGCCCAAGAUGGCCGUCGUACCGCAGGUGUCGGCAAAGAAACUGAAGGAGGCAAAGAAACUGGAGAAGAAGCGUCGGGCAGAGGAGAGGCACAGACAGAAGUUCCUGGGUGGAGGGGCGGGCCAGUUCCACCCACAGGCGUCUGACGUGCGGGACGUGACGGUAGUGGACCAGAGACAGACCCAUGUGGUCUCUGUGCCUGGAGGACGGCUGACCAGUAUCUGAAGGGGGGGGGUCGCUGCUGCUGACCACCGGUAUACCUCUAGUUGUCGUCUUCGGUUUGGUCGCUUGGAGAGUUUCAUCAUUCCCAUCGCUCAUCUGACUUGUUCUUCCUCUCAUCUUCGGCCUCAUCAAUGGUUGUGACUUAAAGAUUGCCAAGACUUGUCUUUUUGAUAAGCGUGUGUUGCUGGCUACUGGUUCAGACUUCUCACAAAGGAACUUCGUUUUUGUACAUCGGAACAGACGAAUAUUUUAAAAGAAUCUUUUUCUGUGCAAGAUCAUCCAAAGAAACAUUGUGCUAAAUAUGGAUGAUGAUUUCAGCAAGAGAAGGAGAUUGAUGAUUAAGAUCAUUUGUCCCUCAGAAUAUAUUUCAACUUGUUCAUAAGGUAUUUGCAACAUAUUAGCAUUUCUUGAAGAAGGCCAAUCUGAGGCUCUUUGAUAUCAAAUGAAGUUUUAUUAUUCAAAGCCUCCUUAGGAGAAGAAAAGACCUUUUGAACUUUGAAUUUGGAGGAGCAUUAAAAUAAGUUACAUGCAUAUGAAUGUACUCACAAGACUGAUGGUUAUUUCAGUACAAGUACAGUUUCGGGUUCCUGUGUUUGUUCUGUCAGCGUUGAAGAAUUCGAUGGACUUUUUGCCUUAUGACACUUUGCGCCAGUACUGGUGUGUGUUUCCAGUGUUGUUCACAGCUAUGUUGUGGCGACGUUCCCUUUUCAUGCUUUGUUGAUACGUAUUUACAAUCGUGGAGCUGUGUGGUGUAUGUGCUGUGUUUUCGCCAAGUGUGUCAUUUUACAGCUGCAAGCAAGCACAAAGUUGUUCGGAGUUCAACAACUCGAGCAUUUGGGAAUUUUGGCAUGCAUAUUUUCAGUGUUUAACCUUUCUGUGCGCUUGUGUGAGCCUUCCAGUUGGCUGCUACCGAUAUACUCUGUGGGUUUAUUUUCUAUGACAGAUGGACAAUGGCCUGGAGUAUCUGACGCAUAAUGUGUUUUCACAGUGGAUCUUUCAUCCUCAGACUUACAGGAGAUAUUUUAUCUUGCACACAUCGAAUGUCAAAAGGUCUCAGUUGUAUUGAAACCGGGGUUCUAUAUGAGGAGAAAGCAUGCAAGUUCCAGGUCACUGCAGAUGCUGAGUGCUUGAUAAUGUGACAGGAGUUUAAACUGACCAGAAAAGAUGAACAAUCGACAGAUUGAUGCGUUCACAAGAAUAUAUUUUAUUGAACAGAUGUGUCUGGUUUCCAGAAUGUGAUGUAAACUUUUUGUCUUUGUAGAUGAGCAUGUCUAUAAACUAGAGGAAAAAUCCUGAGUGGUCACUCUUGUGAGAAUUAAGAAAAGCAGAAUGGUGACUUCUGUGAGUACCAAUGAAGUUAUGAAAAGUGACUUUUGUGAUUUCGUGGCCUCGAGACCCUUGGAUUCUUGCCCUCUUCGCACACUGUUUGAGUGGAAAUAACUGGGGAGGGGCAGUGCUAGGUUUACACAGACAGUGCUCAUGGUAACAGUGGCUGUUUUCUGCUGCCAAAAUAGGUUCAGUUUUUCCCAUUAUUGCCAGAUGUUGAUGCGAGACUUUACUAGUGUCUAAUUUGUUUUGCCAUUUGUCUGCAAGCUGUUCAGUUGUUCUAAAGCGUAGAGCGCAAAACUUUUUCAGAAUGGAAAAAAAAUCUGCUUCAUUCUGUUCAAAAUUGUACCCAAAUUAUGUAUCUUGUCUUCUUGAUGCUGGUUUGUUUUUUUUUUGUUUUUUUUUUGCAAACUUCUAGGAUUUGAAUACCAACAAAUUAUUUCUCGAGCACCUUCAAUUGAUAACUCAAAAACUGAAAUUGUUAAAAAAUUUUAAAUUGUGGACUUACUACAUCUGAAGAGCUGGCCGACGUUAUUCAGAGCUGACCUUGGAUGCUGACUGUGACUGAGCUGUGGGAACAGGGUUUGUACAGGAACUGGACGGAUUUCACCACAGAGAAAAAAGCAAACAAGUCUCUGUGGAGGUUUUAGAAAAAAAACCUACUUUGCCACUGUGGAGACUGGGCUUGUGAUAGUGAUACUGUUCUCUGAGUUUGAUUUUUUUUUUAAAUUGCAUUUUUUUUUGUUUUUAGCGUAUUGCCCAUCUCAUUUUUCGUGAAGUUUUGAAUUCACGAUUUGAGCUGCCCAGUGUCAUGUAAGCCUUUGUUAUCAGACAUACUCCUAGAUAUGUGCUAAUAUACAGCCAUGGCUUUUUUAAGUGGUCUUAAUUCCAAUGCCGUUCUGUGUAGAAAAUAAGUUCACAGAACGCAACACUGGCUUGCUUUAUAUACUUGGAUCACGCGGUGUACGUUUUGCCAGCUCGCACGUGUGACGUAACAUUGCAGGUUCUUCCUGAACUCUUGGGAAAAUGAUGAACAAAUCCUGUUAACAUUUCCCGAAAGAUUUGAAUAAGCAGAUUCCUUCAAAAAAUUGCAAAAAUUGUGAAUUCAAAUCGGGCAUGAAAAAAACCUGAUGUACAGAAGUUCCAGAUUGUUCCCUCACAGCUGACAACCAGUGUGCUCAGCCUCUAGCAUAAUUAGUAUCUGUUCCCAUGGCUGCGAUUGAUACACAGAAUUGUCCAACUUCUAAGUACCUUCUGUUUUCCCUCUUUCCUUUUCUUCCAUCUGUAUCCUAUUGCUGAGUACCUAUGCUGCUGCUGGUUUGUCAAAGGACUGAGAAAUCUGUGAAUAAUGUUUUGAAUUCAGGGCACAUCUUUUUUUGUUGUUUUGUUUUUGUUUGUUUUCUGUAUCCAUCCCUGUUCUUACCACUAAUAUAGCUUGUGUUGCUCGCGUUUUCUCUUCUUUUUUUUCCCCCAUCUGUUUUGUUUUUGGUUUCUUGAUUAUUUUUUUUAAACUUUGUCCUUCAACAACAUUGUCUGUGUAUGACAGAAGUAACUCUUGCUCAUUGUCUGACUGACACUUGGUCCGUGGUCAGUGUUUGUGAAUGGCACACCACAUAUAUAGUUGUACCUACAACAAUAUCUUGUAUAUAUGCAUAUUCACAUUUAUAGCACAAGCAUUAUAUAGUGACUCGAAUUGUUGAUUGCAUCUUUAAAUCUCUGUUUGGUAUAUAUGUUACUGUACACAGGUACUUACAGUGUACGCAGAUACUUACAGAUACAUGUAGGAGGGACCUUUUGUCGUGAGAAAACCAAGAUAACAUGACUAUAUUUUAUUGUGAUACAUGAAACAUGUGAGUAAUAUACCAUCAUUGCUUUUCCUAAUCAAACUAUUUGUUGGGACCUUGUAAUAGAGCUCUUCUUGUCUUUGUUCUUUAGGCCCCCCCCCCCCCCCUCUCACACUGAUACAACUUUAGUUUUGUUUAUAAAAUGUCCAUUCUGUCAUAGUGGGUUUUCUCUCUCUGCUUUUAUCCCUCCUUACGUCAUCUCUUCCCUUCCCUCCUCCCACCCUUAUUUUUGCCUAUGAUUUCCCUCUACUCCUCUCCUACCGCAUAUCUUGUUCUUGCUCCUGUUUCAAAGGAUGCCACUGUUCUGAAAACUUCAGAAAGUCCAGGGGGAAAAAA